CUUGUGCUCACGUAUAUAGCCGCCGUAACACCCACCCACCCUCUCGCCCGGCCUACUGUGCUGUGCCGCCCCUAAAAUUAAAUAUACUUCUCUGCUUCUCAUCCGAUUCUAUUCUCGCCUGUGCACCCCCUUGGGAUGACGAGUUGGGCUACUGCUGCGCUGUGCCUCGUGGGAUUCCUCACGUGAACCUUUUGCCAGCUCUUCUUCCUCUCCUCUACUCGCUUUAUCUAGCAUCUCCUUUUCCUCCCCUGCAAAGAAGGUGUUCCUCAUACGUUUGUUCAGUCAACUUUGUGUCAUAGGGCAGCUUCCGCCGAGGAUAGGGGCUCCGACCGAGUCUCCUGAACCGAGCACCACCUCCGGCCUCCUUCCUCUUCUCUGUCCGCGCUCAAGUCGCACAGGGACGAGACGAAUCACAUCGCCAGAAUGGCCCCCAGCCCCGACAGCCCGCCCAAGAGGCCGAGGCUAUCCCUCCAGAUCAGGGCCAUAUCAAACGGCCCCAGCGUGCGCACCUCGCGGACCCUCGCCGCCGUCGUGAACCCGACCUCGCCGACCUCCUUCAACACGCUCUCCAACGUCUACGUGACCGCCAUCGGCAAGUCGUCGUGCGCCAGCCCCAUCGUCCCGGAGCCGCUCACGGCGAUCCGGACGUCGUCGUCCUCGUCAUUAUCCUCCUCGUCCGCUGCUGCCAGGCUCCCGGCCCUCAAGCUGCAGACGGGCCCGCAGAUCCAGAUUGGUGUUGCACCACCCCCCUCGGGCAUGUUCCCCGACACGCCCCUGACGGCGCAGCCCCGGUCGCCGGCCGUCUACCGCGAGAUCAAGUUCCCCAGCGCCAUGACCGCCACGCCGCCGCUGUCGGCCGGUCCCGUCGAGACGGCCAUCGACAACCGCGCCUUCAGCUUCUCGUGCGAGGACACCGUCGCCUCCAGGCUGGCCGCCGCCGCCGCCAUUCCCACCACAACCGGGAACCCCAGGACGCCGGCGGCAAUGUCGCCUCGCACACCCAGGCGGCGCGCCACAGCACCGGGGAGGGCAGGCGGGGCGCCCCCUUACACGCACCCGCGGUCGCUGCACAGCAUCCUGCGCAACUCGCCGCUGCCGCCCAAGCCGGCGCGGUCGCCCGUGUCGCCGCGGCGGCAGUCGCAGCGCCUGCGCGAGAAGGCUCUGCGCCGCGUCGAGUACGACAGCCCGCUCGAGCAGACCAUCACCACCAACAAGUACACAAAGUCGCACAUCGACCUGCUGUGCGAGGAGGCCGCCAACUCGCCCUACUCGGCCUCGCCCACCACCAACCCUCCUCUCCAGGCCACCACGACCCCGGCCACGACCCCAACCACGACGACGGGGAACUUUACAACUACAGCUGCCGCCGCCGCCGCCGCCGCCACCGCCGCGUCAACGACGAUAAUCACCCCAACGCAGCCAGAGACCAUCGUGCUGGACCUGGCCAUGGCGUACACGGGUGACGAGACGCGCGACGGCGGGCAGACGCCCGGGCCCUUCGAGGAGAUGCGGCGGCGCAUGGCGGGCCUGGCGGCGUCCUCGCCGCUAUCGUCGCCCAGCAGCAGCGGCGUCCGCAAGCAGCGGGGAGCAGGGGGCGCCGCCAGCAAGCGCAAGGAGAAGAAGCGCCGCUGGGUCUGGACCAUCGGGGUCGAGGACGAGGCCGGCGACGGCGACGAGGUCGGCGGCGCCAUCGCCGCCGCCAGGGCCGCCGAGGCCGCAGCUGCCGGGACCCCCAUGACGGCGGUGGCAACACCCACAAUGACGAUGACGACGACGACGACGACGACGGCGGCGGCACCAACAGCAGCAAUAACCCCUAAUUCCGCAGCAGCGGCGCCCGUGGUCCUGGCGCCAAACCCGCGGCCGCGGGCGCGAAGCGCGGCGGGCGCGGCGAAGCUGGCCAUCGUGACGGCCGCCGUGAGCGCCGCCAUCUCCGCCGCGGCGGCGACGCCACCAUCAUCAAGCAUCACCACGCGGGCGGCGGCGGCGGCGGCGGCGCGGGCGGUGUCCGAGGAGCCGCUGACGGCGAUACAGCGGCGGCGGCCGCUGAGCAUCGACACUGCGCGGUGCCUGGCGCACGGCGGGCCGCCGCGGCCGGCGCCCGAGGAGAUCACGCCGAGCAUCGAGUCGUCGGACCUGAGCCAGGGCGGCUGGUCGGCGUCGUCGGACGCCGCCGGGGAGGAGGGGGAGGACGUCGAGAUGUCGGACGCGAGCAGUGUCGUGUCCGACCUCGACUUCCUGCCGCCCCGCCCCGGGCUGGAUCUAGGCGACGGGGAUAUGGAUGUGGACCUGGUCACGCCCACGCUGCCGCGCAAACACCGGUCCAUCUCCAGGCUCGGGUCGGAAGACCUGUUUGCGCAUGAGCAGGCGGGUACCAGGAGGGAUACACCUAUUCCUUCGGAUCUAAUAUGCUCCUAAAGAAACAAAAAAAAACUCCCGCACAUAUACUUAUCAGUCAUGUUUCUACCAUUUUCUUCAUCCUCACAUCAUGGGACAGGGAGGGGGGCUUGAAAUCACCACCAGCAUUCACUUUUAUUCGGCACGUCUUCUUCUUGGGCUAAUGGGCAUGGCGUAAAUUCUUGAGCGGAUAUUAAAGAUUGAAACCAGAGGGGUGCAAGGGUAGAAGUUGCAACAUACCUACUCCACAUUGUACGAUAUCCAACAGCGAAGCAGCCUGCCGACGCCGGCGGGCCUGCUAUCAACAUGAAUCCGACGACAGCAAUGAGAAACAAGUAAAAAAAAAAAACCCAAAACCCCCCCCCCCCCCCCCCACGC